AAACCUCUGGGGGCAGUAAAGAACAAAUGAACUCUGGUAAUUGGGGCCACAGGACAAAAACAGUGUCCUUGGACCACCUCCCGGAAGGUAAACCUUGGGAAGAACCAAGUGUCCCACUCAUUUUUGGUUAUUCCAGAGUGCCCCUUAUUGGGCAGAGACUUGUUGACAAAACUAAAGGCCCAAAUUACUUUUACCUCCACUGGACCAGAAUUGUCCUGGGGGACAGAGAUACCCCAAGCCUUAAUCCUGUCCCUCCAAUUAGGAGAAGAAUACCGGCUAUACCAAGAAACAACAAAGCCCCCAGAAGGGAUACAGAACUGGUUAACUCGAUUUUCCCAAUCUUGGGCCAAAACAGGGGGGAUGGGGAUGGCAAACAAGCCCCCUCCUGUAGUUAUUGAACUCAAAUCUGGAGCUACACCUAUUGGAGUUCGACAAUACCCCAUGAGCAAAGAAGCAAGAGAGGGCAUAAGGCCCCACAUUGAGAGACUGAUACAGCAGGGAGUCUUAGUCCCCGCCUGCAGGUCCCCAUGGAACACUCCUUUGUUGCCAGUAAGAAAACCAGAGACUAAUGAUUUUCGUCCAGUCCAGAACCUUAGGGAAGUUAAUAAGAGGGUAGAAGAUAUCCACCCUACAGUACCAAAUCCCUAUAACUUGCUCAGUACAUUGCCACCUGAGCAGACCUGGUAUCCAACCAUCCUAGAUUUAAAAGAUGCCUUUUUCUGCCUGAGAUUACAUCCUAAUAGCCAGCCUUUGUUCACCUUUGAAUGGUGGGACCUGGAGAGCGGAAGAGUCAGACAGCUCAUGUGGACGAGACUGCCUCAGGGAUUCAAAAACUCUCCCACCUUGUUCGAUGAGGCUUUACAUCGAGACCUCGCCACCUUCCACACCAAAUAGCCCCAGGUGACCCUUAUACAAUAUGUAGAUGACCUCUUGUUGGCUACAGAAACCCGUGAAGAAUGUGAACAUGGGAUCCAGAAGGUCCUGGCCGAGUUGGGUGAGUUGGGGUAUCGGGUUUCUGCUAAAAAGGCACAGCUGUGCCGGACAGAAGUGACUUAUUUGGGAUACAUCCUGAGAGAUGGACAGAGAUGGCUGACUGAUGGCAGGAAGCAGACUGUGAUGCAGAUCCCAACCCCAACCAGCCCCUGCCAGGUAAGAGAGUUCCUGGGGACAGCAGGGUUCUGUAGACUGUGGAUAUCAGGGUUUGCUGCUUUGGCUGUCCCACUGUAUCCUCUCACCAAAGAGAAAGGGGAAUUCAUCUGGACCAAGGACCAUCAGAAGGCCUUUGACACCCUGAAAAAGGCCCUGCUACAAGCACCUGCUCUAGCCUUGCCUGAUUUGACUAAGCCAUUUACCUCAUACAUUGAUGAGCAGAGGGGAAUAGCUUGAGGAGUCCUGACUCAGACCUUAGGGCCAUGGAGAUGCACUGUAGCUUAUCUGUCUAAAAAAUUAGACCCAGUGGCCAGUGGGUGGCCCUGCCUGUGAGUGAUAGCAGCAACGGCUGUGCUGGUGAAAGAUGAUAAGCUAACCCUGGGCCAAAAUGUGAGUGUGGUGGCCCUCCAUGCCCUAGAAAGCAUUAUCAGACAGCUGCCAGACCAGUGGAUGACCAACGCCCGGAUGACUCACUUGUUGAGCUUGUUGUUGACUGAAUGGGUAACUUUUGCCCCUCCGGCUAUCCUUAAUCCUGCCACCCUGCUGCCUGAGACCACUGAGAGCCCAGUAUAUCGGUGCAAAGAGAUACUGGCUGAAGAGGUGGGGAUCUGGCCCGACCUGACUGACCAGCCAUGGCCAGGAGCACCAGCCUGGUUCACUGAUGGAAGCAGCUUCAUGGUAGAAGGUAAGCGGAGGGCUGGGGCAGCGGUAGUGUAUGGAAAGACUGUCAUAUGGGCCAGCAGCUUACCAGAAGGGACGUCGGCCCAGAAAGCAGAACUUGUUGCUUUAACUCAAGCUCUAAGACUGGCAGAAGGAAAAACUAUUAACAUUUACACUGACAGCCGGUAUGCUUUUGCCACAGCCCAUGUCCAUGGGGCAAUUUAUAGACAAUGUGGACUGCUGACAUCUGCUGGUAAAGAUAUUAAAAACAAAGAAGAGAUUCUCAGUUUAUUAGAGGCUAUCCAUUUGCCCCACAAAGUGGCUAUCAUACACUGUCUAGGACAUCAGAAAGGGACUGGCCCUAUAGAAAGAGGGAACCAAAUGGCAGAUUAUAUGGCAAAAGAAGCCACACAGGGACCCAUGAUCCUGCCGGCCAAGGUGGGGCACAGGCCCCCAGAAAAAAAUGUUGAAAAGCCAGGAAGCGUCCUCUCCAGAGAGGAGACACUGGACUACCUGACUGGUAUACAUCAGCUCACCUACUUUGGACCAAAAAAGAUGAUGAAAUUAGCUAACAAAUCUCCCUAUCAUAUUCCAAGACUGCAACAGAUGGCUAGAGACAUAGUAAGAAGAUGUAAGGCAUGUGCCUUCACUAAUGCUGGAUCCAGCCGAGGCUUGGAAAGAAAGUGGCUGAGGGGAGAUCGACCUGGGACCUAUUGGGAGGUUGACUUCACUGAAGUUAGACCUGCCCGAUAUGGAAAUAAAUAUCUACUAGUUUUUAUAGACACUUUUUCAUGGUGGGUGUAGACAUUCCCCACCAAGAAAGAAACGGCCAACAUGGUGGCCAAGAAGAUACUGGAAGAGAUUCUGCCCAGGUUCGGAGUACCUAAGGUAAUUGGGUUGGACAACGGGCCUGCCUUCGUUACCCAGGUAAGCCAGGGUUUGGCCAGACAACUAGGGAUCAUGUGGAAAUUACAUUGUUCUUAUAGACCCCAGAGCUCAGGGCAGGUAGAAAGAAUGAAUAGAACUAUAAAAGAGACCUUGACAAAAUUGAGCUUAGAGACUGGUGGGGGUGACUGGACAGCCUUUCUCCCUCUUGCCUUGUUCCGGGUGCAGAACACAUCAGGACCUUCGGGGUUGACUCCCUUUGAGAUUAUGUUUGGUUCUCCUCCUCCAAUAUAUGAAACCCUAGAGAGCUGUGCCUGCCCUGAUGACAGCUCUAUCCCAUUAUCUUCUUUCCUAGCCCUCCUGAAAGCUCUAGAGAUAGUCAGAAAAGAAGUCUGGGAGCAGCUGAAGGACACCUAUGCUCCUAGAGACACUGCUGUUCCUCACAAGUUUGAAGUCGGAGACGCUGUUUUAAUACGGAGACAUCGAGUGGGGAAUCUCGAGCUGUGGUGGAAAGGAUCCUACCUGGUACUGUUAACUACCCCGACUGCCGUUAAGGUGGACGGGAUCCCCACCUGGGUUCACGCUUCACAUGUGAAAAGGGCACCCCCGGACUCCUGACAAGAUGGGUGGACUGUGGAACGGACUGAUAAUCCUCUUAAGCUGCGCCUACAUAAUAGAUGUAAAAACUGGAACAGUGCACAAUGGAUUGCCCCUCCAGGUACUUGGUGGCCAACCUUGUACUUCUGUUUCUGACAGAUCAACUGUGCAGCCGCAAGUACUCUUCCCAAUAUGGUAUGCAGGUUUGGGUUUUACAGCUGUCCUGAUACUGAUAGAGGCAUGCAUUGUGGAGGCCCUCAAGAAUUCUUUUUUAGAAAGUGGAGUUGUGUUACCUCGAAUGAUGGAGAUUGGAGGUGGGAUAGUUCAUCCACCCAAGACAGAGUGUUUUUUUCCUUCGCUAAUCCAGGGCCAAGCAGAUUUGUGGAAAUGGAACUGUACAAAGAUAAGCCAUGCUCCACGGCUGAUGUAGAUGUCAUAAAGGUAGAAUUUACUGAAAAGGGUAAGACAACUGACUUUUCUAGGUUGCAUAAUGGCAUGAAAUGGGGCCUAGUCUUUUAUAAGUAUGGAGGAGGGACAGGAUCUGUCCUCCUCAUUCACUUGAAGAUAGAAGGUCUUCCUGCCCAGCUGAUAGGCCCCAACCAAGUGUUACCGGAACAAAGACCACUUCCACAUGAUGGUCUGAUAGCUCCUGUGCCACCCACGGAAGGGGUUUUUCUCGCUAGAUCCCCUUUCACCACUACAUCCAUUCCAAGCACUGCACAAAGACUGUUGAAUUUAAUUCAAGGGGCUUUUACUGUGUUAAAUGGCUCACAGCCUGAGAUGACCAAGUCUUGCUGGCUCUGCCUUUCUUCAGGGCCCCCUAUUAUGAAGGCCUCACUACAACAGGGACUUUUAACACUACCACCAGCCAUGAGGCCUGUGCAUGGAACAGUAAGAAUAGACUUACUCUCCCUGAAGUUUCAGGACAAGGACUUUGUUUGGGAAGCCCUCUGCCGCCUAUAG